GUGGAAAGAAAGAGCUUGGAACCUCCUUCCGCUGCAUUAAUUGUUGUGUUAAGGUCACGUGAGAGGAAACUCACUGGAAAAACUUACUAGUCCACGCGUCCUGUCAAAACAUCUACAAUGAAAUCUCAUCAUAAUGAACAGUGAUGCGACAGCGAAAGGGCAGCGCAGACCAUGACAGUUCGUUCACGGGUAACGUUACACUACUGGACGGCAGCUCCGAUCUAAAGCAGUGCCACAAAAAGACAGACGCUGCCUCUGAUUCAGGAGGUUCGGGGACAGCGAUGGGGAGACGCUACAGGAGGGGUGGUCUGAUAUGGAGGCUAAGGAGGAUGCUGAUCUGGGUGCUGGGAAUCUACAUCGCCAUCCCUGUUAUCAUCAAAGUCUGUCCAUCAAUACAAGCAAAAUUAGUAUUUUUAAACUUUGUGCGAGUGCCGUAUUUUAUAGAUCUGAAGAGACCACAGGAUCAGGGCUUGAAUCACACUCGCAACUUCUAUCUGCAGCCAGAGGAGGGAAUCAACAUUGGAGUGUGGCACACAGUACCUUCAGUGAUGUGGAGGGAGGCUCAGGCAAAAGAUGCUGAAUGGUAUGACAAAAGCUUCCAGUCCAGUCAUCCAGUCAUCCUGUAUCUCCAUGGCAAUGCUGGAACAAGAGGAGGGGAUCACAGAGUUCAGCUGUACAAGGUUCUUAGUUCAUUAGGCUACCAUGUAGUCACAUUCGAUUAUAGAGGUUGGGGGGACUCAGAGGGCAGCCCCUCGGAGAAAGGCAUGACGUCAGAUGCUCUCUUCCUCUACCAGUGGAUAAAGCAGAGGAUUGGCCAGAAGCCGCUGUACAUCUGGGGUCACUCGCUCGGCACAGGAGUGGCCACUAACCUAGUGAGACGUCUGUGUGACAGGGGAACGCCCCCAGACGCCCUAAUUUUAGAGUCACCCUUUACCAAUAUCAGAGAGGAAGCCAAGAGCCAUCCCUUCUCUAUGGUUUACAGAUAUCUACCAGGCUUUGACUGGUUCUUCCUGGAUUCUAUAACUGCAAAUGGUAUCCGAUUUGCCAGUGACGAGAACGUCAACCACAUAUCCUGUCCGGUUCUGAUACUGCACGCAGAAGAUGACACAGUCGUACCUUUCCAGCUGGGAAAGAAGCUAUAUGAUUUGGCGGCUCAGAGCAAGAGUCUGAACGGUCAUAAGGUUCAGUUCAUCCCGUUCCCCAGCUCUCUGGGCUACAGACACAAGUUCAUCUACAAGAGCCCACAGUUACCAAAUAUACUCAGUGAUUUCCUCAGUGCGCCGCAUCCUCACAUGUAGUCAGGAUCAUUUCAGCUGACUGCCCUCUCUCACACACUCUGUUAAACACACACACACACACACACACACACACAAUCUACGUGAUCUGCACCGUGUACAUCAUGUGUACAAGCACACACGAGCAUGGACUGAAGAUGCACCAUCCUUUGUUAACUUCAAAUUUGGAGGAAGAAAGUUAUUCUCAUUAAGAGAGUGACAGGGCUUGGUGAUUUCUUACACCGCCUCCUGUUGCCAUAGAAACAGAUCUGAAGGGGCAGCUGGAGCACAAAGUAUGCAAAAUAAUAUGCAGAUAUGCACUUAAAUAAUGGUUAAGUCAACAACCCUCUUCAAAGGAGAGACGUACUGAUGAAGUUUUAGCGAUAGCACUGCAAAGACCACACGAGGAUUAUGGUCAAAGGGACGAAACGGGACAACAUGCUAUAAUGAUGUCAUUGUCAGUGCUUGCUGACUGCAAUUCACUCCUUUUUUAUGAACAUACAACAUUGACAAUAUCAUGGACCUUGUUUCAAUUCUGAAAUCCACUCAAUGUGAACAGCAAGUUGUUUUAGGUUAAACUUGAAUCGUGUAGAAUAAAAUGUCUUUUCUUUUUUUUCUCUUUAUUUUUCUCCCAUUUUGAAUCAUGAUUUAAAAUGCAGAAUUUUGUGCUGCUUGGCAUUGAAACUCUGAUAUUUUUAUGCGACGUUUUGUGUAUUGUGCUUAUGCUGUUGUGUUUGGUUGGUGCAAAUGCAACUCAACUGCAUCAGAACUGAAUGAGCUUUUGAAAUGACAGAUGUUUUAUUAUUUUAAUGCAUUUGGUUGCUCAAUACUAGUUUGCAUGCCUGUUACUGGAACAAAAAAUAUUGUUGCACAGUCAAAAGACAACAGAAAACUGUAUGAAAAAAAUAAUUUUCUUUACUUGGUCAUGUGGGUUACAUAUUUUCUUUGGUUUUUAUACUCUCACUUUGCACAUUCCAAAAAAUAAAUAAGGAUAAUUAUUACCAUAAUAUGUUUAAUACCAAAUUCACAAACCUUAGUGAUAAAUGUUAAAAGAAUGACUUGAUUUAUUUUUAUUAAUAUUACAGUUUUUGUACCCAGUUGCUAUACAUUAUUGUUCAAAAAGUAGUUAAUGCUCACCAAGGCUGCUUGUUAAUGGAUCAGAAGUACAGUAAAAACUAAUGUUGUUAAAUAUUAUUACAAUACCAGUUUUUUAUUUAAUAUAUUCUCAAAUGGAAUUUAUUCCUGUGAUGGUAAAUCUGAAUUUUCAGCAUAAUUACUCCCGUCUUCAGUGUCACAUGGUCCUAAUCAUUCUAAUAUGCUGAUCUGGUUUUUUAUUAUUAUUAUUUUUAAUAUGUUUUUGUUGAUGCCCUUUUCAGCAUCCUUUGAUUUAACAGAAAGUUUAAAAGAACAGCUUUUUUGAAAUAGAAAUGCUUGGUAACAUAAAUGUCUUUACUCUCACUUUUGAUCAAUUUAAUGCCUCCUUGUUUAAUUUAAAAUAAAAAUCUUAAUGGCCCCAAAAUGUGUAACUUUCUUUAACAAGCCCAUUGUAAUUGAUCCAAAAUUCACUUUUGUUUCUUGCAAUGUUUUAUAAUUGUUCUUUAAUUUGGAGGAAUUGUGUAAUGGAUUUUAACACGCACAAAGUGAACGAGGCAAUACUCAAGUCAAGGAUUUAGUUGGAUGCCAAGAUCCAUGACUCUACGAAACAAUGAGCAAUAAUGACACAUCUUCUUGAUUUGCUCUGUCAUGUAUAUAUGAUGAAUAUUCUUUUCUUCACAGUGUGCACUGACCAUCUGACAUAUUUAAAGUAAUUUUCACUGUAAUACAGCCCUUUUGAGAUUCAAGAUCUGCUGUAUUAUUGCUCUGUGUGUCAGGUUAUAUUUGUUUUUUUCUCAAAUACUUCUGCUCAAUUUUUUUUUAUUUUUUUUUUUUAGGGCUGAUAAUAAAGUCAUGUGUGCAUGCAAGCUUCAAUGGUAGAUCUAGGCUCUCCGCGGAUGUUAUUGAUGUUAUUCUCAGAAAGAAAUUAUCAUAAUUUUUGUUUUCCUCUGCUGGCAUGUGACUGAUGCACUGAAAAAAGAACACAACCAAAAUGUCUUAGUUUAUGAAGGACUAUGUAGAAAGAAAUGAUCAUUUUAGCGAGACCACCAGGUCCUAGAGAAGUGCAAUAAUAUCUAAAGCUGAAGGACAACCAUAUGUAAGACCAAAAAAAAACAAAAAACCUUUAUAUAUAAACAUUAAGACGCUCACUUAUAUAUUCCAUUGUACUAGAAUGUAAAAAUGGACCACAAAAUAUUCAGUUACGGAUCUGAACACAGAUUUUAUUCUGCCGUCUUUGUUGAUGUUGACCAAACUUUGCAUAUUUGAAUUCAGCACUUAUAUUUUAAAAUUCUUUUUUGUAAUGAAAUACUGCCCAGUUAUUUCAACAGCAACUGUUACUUUUUGCAGAAUAUAUCAUGAGUGGUUUACAAUGUUUGUUUUCUUCUAAGCUGCUAAACCUUACCGGACACAUGCACAGAUGUAAGUACAGUAUGUUUGUUUGUAAACAAUAAAAGACUGGAAAAGAAAUGUA